UUAUCGGAAAAUCCGCGGUCACACUGCAAUGUACAUCCUUCGGACUCCGCCCAUUUGAAAAAAAAAACAUGUAAAUUCUGCAAAUAGCGUAAUUAAAUCGUUCACCUUUUUAUUUCCACUCGACGCACACCCACCCGCACAACACCAUCCUGCGCCCAUAGCACAGAACAGUCAAACGGCGGUCAAGAUGGACCACAACGAGAUUUCCAUGUGCAUGGACGUCAAGUUGGAUACACACGAUAAGCGCGCAAUGGCGCUGCGCUAUAAGACCUGGACUCGAUGCCAAGUGAAAAUCGAGGCCAUCAAGUGUGUGCCCUGCUUCCUGCGCCUCACAUUUCAAGGAUUUGCGGAGGCAGAAGAUCCGCCAGCAUCUUCCAAAGCGCUGAGUGUCUCGGUAAAUGUGCCCGGGGUCAGUAUCAGCUUGGCCACCUCACGGACCAAGCAGCACUCGUACGGGCUGUUUUGGACGCAAAAUCGGCGCGAGUGCUUCAUUUACUUUGCCCUGGAAACGGAGAUGUCCUGCCGGCGCCACAUGAAGUGGAUGAAAAAGUCAAUCAAGAAUCUGGAGCUAUACCGACAGGUUUUCCUGGAGCAGCGCCGACUGAGUAGGGGUCCUGGUGCCCUGGGGCCUUUGCCAACGCUGCCAGAUUCCUUGGACAUCAGCCACUUCUCGGCACGGGUCUCGCAGAUCUAUGAGGAAAUCUUUGACGGCAGCCGAAUAUCUCGCGCCUCCAUUGCCUCGGGCAUAUACGAGGAGAUGAAGCCAGCUGUCAUGGAGACGCCUUUGCCGCCCCCCCUGCCCACACACCCAUAUCGUAAGCGCAUAAACACCUUUGAGUGCUCUCCACUUGGCGACAUUCCGCGAUCCUGCACCAAUCCCGAGGUAGAGCUGGCCAAGAAGAAGAAAUACAAGAAUAUGUUGGACAACUUCUUCGGCGGUACGCGCCAGAAACGCGCGGGCAGUGUGAGUGAGCCCGAUCAGCAGCCGAAGGACGACCAGUUGCCGCUGUACGAGAAUGCUCCGACACCCGAGAUGGCGCUGCCCUUGAAGCGCACUUCCCAGCUGAGCAAAUCCCAGCGUAAUAGCUUCUCGAGUCCCGACCUGUCGAAGCUUAACUUUCUCGACACCUUCGAGGAGGACAUUUUCACGCAAAGCCAUGAGUCGAGCGUUGAGCUGAACAUCAGCCUGGAUGAGUCGGCCAUCGAACCAAUCUCCCGGGAUCAGCUGGUCGCCCAGAUCACGAGGCACCUCAGCAAAUCCGGCUCCCUGGAGAGCUUGAAUGUGUCGGAGCAGCUGCCGAAUAACUUUAACUUUUCCGCAUGCAAUUCGUCAACCAUUAAUCUGAUCGGCUCCCAUGGGGCAGUGCCGCACAGCAAUCAGGUGAAGAAGAAUAAGAUUAUGGUGGACGAUCUCACCGGCUACUGUGUGAUGGCGCCCAUUGUGAAGAUCAUAGAGAAGGAGGUGCUGCCGCAGCCGAGUGGAAGCACCGCAUCCACCUCGUCUGGCUAUUCUACGGGCUCCUACUGCUCUUCCACCAGCAGCUGCAACACGGAGGACCAACCCACCAAGACACUGGUAGCGCCGGCGGCCAAUGAGAGUGACAUUUACGAGGCCAUGCACGGCAGCUCCUUGAACAGCACCACAGCAGCAGCGACGUCCGGCUUUGCCGAGCAUUUAUAUGAGAAUCUUUUGGCCGUCAAGGCCGCCCAGGAGCUGGAGGCGCAUCCUCAUGGCAUUGGCCUCAGCACCAGCACACCCACCGAAUCUCCUUUGCCAGCCUUGCCGCAAAAGGGAACGCCCAAGGAGAAGGACAGCUAUCAGAAGGAGGAGGAGGAGGACUACUACCAGACGCCCAGGAAGUCCAUCAUAAGCGUAGACGACAAGGUGCCCUCCUACUAUCCAAACAGCUGCGACACUCUCAAGUCCAAGCGACGAAGUCCCACCGAACAUGGCCCAAGUCUGAGGCAUCUGGUUAGUUCCAAGCUGCGUCGCGAGCGCAAGGAGAAUCUCUACAUAUCGUCGCCACAGCAAAUCAUCGAGCAGCGCCAAAAGGCCAACAGCACAUCCUCAUCAGCAUCAUCAUCAUCAACCACCAAGACUAAAAUCUCAACCAAGAAGACUGCCGCCCACAAGAUCUCCGAAGGUGUCUAUGCCGUGACACAUCCGGUCAAGCGGCCCAAUAGCACAAACAACAACAAUCACAAUAACAAUAAUAUCGAAGGAAUAGAGGAGGAGCUCUUGCACCUAACCAUGCUCAAAAAUAUUGAUUUCAAAUUCGAUGACGGCCAGUCCACUGAAGAAGAAUCCCCGGUCCAGCAUAGAUCCCCCAGCAUGAACGGGGGUAUUGUCCAGCCGCGGCUGGAGGAUGAGUACGAGAACCACUAUCAGGCAGCCGAGCAGGCAACACGGUUGCUCCAGAAGUAUGCCACGCUGGCGAAGUUUGGCAAUUCCCCGAGCAAGAGCAAGCCAGUGGUCCAGCAGCAGCAGCAGUUGCAGCCCAUGACACAGUCGGUGGCCACGUCCAAUGAACUCCAGCCACCUGGUGGUGGCAUGAAAAAGUUUGCAUCGCUGCCACGUUUCAAGAGAAUUGACUUUUCGCCGCUGAAAAUGCGUCUGAACAAUGUCCUGCAAAGGAAUUCUCCAUCGCCGCAGCCUUAGGCACGCCGCAGAUCAUGCACUUGAGUGUCCAUCCACAGCAAGGAAUAUCUUUACCACGUGCCGCUGUGGAAGAAUUGUUUAAAGUAUCGCUUAAUUUAUGUUAAAGAUUAUCUUGUGAUUGUGAUCUCCCCAGAUUUCCUCAGCCUGCACUUUAUGGUAUUUUAUUUUAUCCAUGUAUGUAAUACGCUUACCCAACGUUGCCCCUAGUUUAUAUGAUGUCUAGCCUUAUAUGUUGAUCCAGCUUUGUCAUAAGUACACGCGAAUAACGAAUCAUAUCCAGUUCCAUUUAAGGGAGCGACUCCUAGUAUUACAAUUACUGUUGUGAAGUGAAUUGAAUUGAUGAUGAAUGUCUGUCUCUAUACGCUACCCACUAAUAUGCUCAAUUAUGGACAAUUUACAGAAACGCUUUUAUACGAAUUAUACAAAAUUGAUAUUGUUAACUCAUUUAGGCGCCUCGUUGUUGAAAAGAAAACCAAAUUAAGUUGAAUAAGUUUUAAUUCUAUAUAAUAAUCGAAUCAUCAAAUGUAACAUUAUACUCGGCCUACACACGCCAUCCCCCCACAGAUAUUUUGGGGUCGGGUGGGAACUACGCUUUUUGGCUUCGCAUAACAUAUCAAAAACUGAUUAGUCCUAUUACAUAAAUUAGCUUAUAUAGCCCCCACCAAAGCUCAAUUGUACCGUGACUAAGAUGUAAGCUUAACAGCAAAUAUUUGCCGCAAAACGAAAUAAAUUUACACAGAAACUA